AUUCCAUUUGCUUUCAUCGGUGAAAAUGAGAGUGCUAAUGCACCAAGAGUUGAUGCUGAUUCUUCAGCUUCUAAAGUUACUGGUGUUUCAAAUCUAAGACCUUUCAAGAAAAGAUCUUGCAAUGUUCUAAGAAAUCUGCAUACAAGCAACCGCAUUGAUAGAAAUCUAGCAACAGCCAUAGAAGCUCAAUACUUGGAUUUAGAAAACGAUGCUCAGAUAGGAUAUCUGACUUUAUGUCUUCGAGAUAAGCAGAAUGAAGCCAUGUAUCGUCAUGAAUGUGACCCAGAAUUUGCUGCAUCUCUUUGGUGUUGCUUGAUAUUGGUUGUUUGUGGUGCAGGAAUCCAAGGCCUUAUGCUACCUAGAACUUUAUUUUUACUACUGCUUUUCUUAACGGCCUUUGCCUGGGUCACUUCAUUACUGAUGUUAUUACUAGCAGCAAGGUUACAAUGGAUAUUCUGGGAUGUUACUAAAAGUUUUACUUUAAGACUAGCGUUGACAAUUUUUACUGUUUUACUUGUUUUCUCAGUAUCAAUUUUGAAUGUGUUCACUUGUUUGCCCAAUCCUUCAUGUGAAAUAUCUCAGGCACAUUCAGUUAAUGAUCAUUUGUCUUGCCCAGUCCCUAUAUAUGUACCCCUUGGAGGCAUUCUAUCAGGAUCAUUAGUUCCAGCUCAUACUUCAAGUCUGGUACAAUUAUUGAUGUUUUUGGUUGCUUCUGGUCUUCAUGGAAGAUGUUUAGAGAGAGUUAUGAGACUGUGUUACUUGAGAAAAAAUGAGGCAAAUCGUGCAAGACAUGAGGCCAAUGUUUUACAACAGUCUGGUGUUAGACUAUUGCAUGAUCUCUUACCUCAGCAUGUGACACAAUUCUAUUUAGAGAAACAAAGAAGACCAGGAAGCACAGAUCUCUAUUGCGAAAGCUAUGCUUAUGUUGGAGUACUUUUUGCAACAGUGACAGAUUACCAUGAGUUCUGCACUGAUAUGGAAAGCAGCACCAAUGGUCUAGAUUGUUUGCGCCAAUUAAAUGAAAUCAUAUGCGAUUUUGAUAAGCUGUUGCAAGAAGAUUGUUUUGGAGCAAUUGAUAAGAUCAAAUGUUUUGGGUCCACAUACAUGGCUGCUGUGGGAUUGAGUCCAGAACAUAAGAUUAAUCAUGGAGAUAAUAAUUCAAUAAGAAAAUUUAUUACUAUUCUUCUCGAUUUUACGCAAGCUAUGCAUGCUCGGCUUCUCACAUUUAAUACAUCUACAUAUAGAAAUUUUAUGUUAAGAGCAGGUGUAAACAUUGGUCCAGUAAUAGCAGGUGUGAUAGGAGCUAAUAAACCUCAAUAUGACAUAUGGGGUGAAACUGUUAAUAUCGCCUACCACAUGGACUCAACAGGUUUGGCUGGUCUCACACAGGUUACUGAAAAUGUAGCUCAUGUUAUUCGAGAUACACAUUACAACUUCAAAUGUAGAGGAAUGGUGAAGAUUAAAGGAAAGGGGGAUACAAUGACAUACCUUGUUGUUGAAAGGCAAGACCAUCAGUUUAGCACAGGUGCAACUUAUGGCAGAGUGACACCUGGUAGAAUAAUAAACCAUCAAAUGAUGAAUCAACCCCUGCAUCGUUAUGAGCAAUGUGUUCCUGCAAAAUAUGUUCAGCACUCAAUGUUAAAUCGGGGAAAUUCUAACAUGGGAGAAAGCAGUAGACUUUUACCUUAUAGUGGAAACAAUGGACCUCAUAUAGUUAAGGUUCUACCUAUGCAAAAGAACUGCCAACAUGUGUAUCACCCAGAGCCUUCUACACACACUAUAUUCGACCAAACAAAUCAACAAGUACAAAGUAGUUUAAACCAUUCGCAAAUGGAGCCAUUUCUUAAACCACUUCCUAAGCCUCCACUACCUGAUCAUGUUUCUUCUUACCAUAUCCGUCGAAGUGAAGAACCAUCUUCAAUGCUAGAUACUCGUGGAUCAUCCGUUGAUGAAUUAAGUUCUCACAUGCAGUCUGCAACAUCAACUAGUUCAAGCAGUUCUGAUGAAAGUUACAGUAACACCGCACCGGACAGCCCAGUUAAAAAAUGGUUAUAUCCUGGUGAUAUUCAGCCAGAUACUGGUUGGUCAACUGAAUCAGAGAAACUUGAGCCUCCAAAUUGGAUGCCUUCGCUACUGCCUUUACCUUCUGGCGCACUUAUGCAAAUCGCAGCAGGUGGAGAUAGUACGACGACUGCUGGCUCAGUAGCUCCACCAUGUGAAGUGGAAGCAGGUUAUAGUUGCAAAAGUUUUGAAUAUUUGGCCAAUAACGAUUUGAUCAGUAAGAUCAAUGACAAUGGAAGUGGAAAGCGUAAACAAAAUCAAGUCUCUGAGUCAUCAACAACAACACAAGUUGGCAAUCCACAAGGUGGAAGUGGACAAUUUGAACGAGAAAUACGACGCUUGUUCGAACGCAGGCAAUGGCCGUUGGCAGGGGAAGGCGUAUCACAUUCUGUGGGUUUGGCAGCUAUUCAAGAAUUGGCUAGAAGUCAAGAACCUAGGGGCAGCGAAUCUGUUUGUGGAUCUGUUGAGGAUAAUACAGAGGGCGAUCAAGAGGAACAAGUUUCAACAAGAGACUGUAGUCAUUCUGAAUGGUCAGAUGAUGAAGAAAAUGAGGAUGGAAAUACAAACAAUGAACAAGAAUGCCCAGACAGAGAAUCUAAUGGUUAUACAACGGAUGAGCAGGGUUUGGAAAAUGUAUCUUUGCUCAAUGAAGCUGGUCUCACUGAUGCUGAAGGUGCUCUAAGUGAUGUGAAUUCAAUAUAUCAUCACCCAGAUCAUGAAAAUGGUUCAAUUUCAUCUCGAAGUAGUUCCAGAGCUAUCAGCCUGGAUUCUCUAAGUGGUAUGUACUGUGACUCAGAAGGAGUGGAUGGUUGGCCCGGAUUAGCUCUUCUGGAUAUACGGUCCGUAAGCGAAAGCAUCACAAAGAAAUUUGGCUGCUCUGAUAGUAUUAAUGUAGAUACUGAUUUAUAGUAAGUAGUAUUUUAUAACUAUAAUUAAUUAAACUAUUGACAUUUGUAUAAUUAUGGUGAACUU